AUGCCUCUUCCAAAUACUGAUUCGUCAUCUGAUUCUAUGCUUCCUAUACCUAGGCGCUUCACUCGAGUUACACAUCCACCAGAUAGGUAUGGUUUUUCUCAUACCUCGCUUACUGCCACUCUCAACACUGUUUUUGUUCCUCACUCUUAUACUCAGGCAGCCACCCAAAUGGACGUGAAGAAUGCAUUUCUACAUGGGGAUUUGAAUGAAGAAAUGUAUAUGUCUCCACCUCCCAGCAUGUUUACUACACCUUCCUCAGAGAGUCAGUUUGAUUUCUUUCUGUUACUUCGCAAGACUUCUACAAGAAUUAUAUUACUUCUGGUAUAUGUUGAUGAUAUUGUCACUACUGGCUCUGAUACUGAGUUAAUUAAGCAAUUACAACAACAUCUCAAGGCCUCUUUUCACAUGAAAGAUCUUGGUCCCUUGCAGUACUUUCUUGGCCUUGAGGCAAUACACUCAUUUCUUGGGAGAGUAAGAAGCAAGACAGAUUUUCUAAGUCCACAACUGAGUCUGAGUAUCGUGCUAUAUCUUCUGCAUGCUCUGAGAUCACAUGGGCUUUGUGGGUUAUUGGGUGAACUUGGUUUUCCUCAGCUUCAGUCCACUCCUCUUCAUGCUGAUAAUGCCAGUGCUAUUUAG